AUGCUAGUGUUUGUCUUAGUUCUCAUUGCUUUUGCGACAUCGCACACUCUAACUAUAGUGUUGGUGACGGCUCCAAAGCAAGGGGUGAUGUCAAAAGCACUUUUACGUACAAUGAAGGACCUUUUUGUUGCUUUCAAAAACAUGCCUUCUGAUGUGGAGAUCAGUAAAUUUUACUUUGUAAAGGGGUGUAUGGAUGACUGCGACUUUCCUGAUUUAGAAAAAGUCACACAGAUUAUGAAGGUCGAAUUUCCAAACAUACCUGUAAUUACUUAUUGGCCUCAUUUACUAAUCAAAGAGGGAGCAUAUCCAUGUGAAUGGGGGAAUGAGUAUUAUUCCACACAUUACAGUCGACUGGGUGCGCCAGUUUGGAGUGAUCAGAUAUUUAGGAAAUACAUGACAGUCAAUUACUUGUUCAGAUCUGCACUGCACCACUCCAUUAAGACACAUCCAACAGAUUAUUACCUGAUGGCAGAGGAUGACCAAACGUAUGAAAAAUACACAUUUGCAGCAAUCAAAGAGUUGAUGGAAAGAAACAAUAACACGAACAAAAGGUGCUUCUCUAAAAUAGCGAUUCCCAGAGGAAAUUAUGGUAAGUUAUACACAGACGAUAUUUCAAAUGUCAAUAAGUACAUUUGGGGGGCGUUUGGUGUUCUUCGGUCGAAAAGUGAGACAGAGCUGUUUCUUCGUGGUCUCAAAUAUUCAAAUUAUCACGACUCAGAAGAUGGUGUUGCCCAUGUCAUCUGUAGGUUUGUCAACAGAACAAAUGUUGAAUUGAAUGUCGUCUCGCAGCACUUUGGAAGAAAUGGGAAAAUACCCGAUUAA